AUGUUCCUCCCACAGCUCACCCCCCUCCUCCUCCUCCUGCUGGCCCUCCAGCUCCCCCUCACCACCCCCAGCCCCGUCCACCAGACACCCCUCCACCCCAACCCCACCUCCCGAAACCCCCCCAUAUCCGACGCCCUCUUCGCCGAGCUCGAAGAGCUCUCCCGCAUCGUCGACAUCGCCUACUGCGUCGGCAGCCUCAACACCGGCGUCUCCGCCCCCUUCCAAUGCCUCUCCUACUGCAAAGACUUCCCCACCUUCACGCUGCAACAAACCUGGAACACCGGCCUCACCCUCUCCGACUCCUGCGGCUACAUCGCACUCUCGCACCCGCCCGCACCCCCACGCAUCAUCAUCGCCUUCCGCGGCACUUACAGUAUCGCCAACGCGCUCGCUGACCUGGCAAUCAACAAGCAAGAAUACGUCCCCUACCCGGACGACGGCCACACAACAGACACAUGCGACGACUGCCUCGUCCACGCGGGCUUCCUGCAGUCCUGGUCGCACACAAACGACCUCAUCUCUGGCGUCGUCGCGGCGCUGCGCGCCCAGCACCCCGGAUACCGCCUCACGCUCGUCGGGCACUCGCUCGGCGGGGCGGUGGCCGCGCUCGCCGCACUCGACUACAAGGGGCGCGGGUGGGACCCGGUCGUGACGACCUUCGGCGAGCCGAAGGUCGGGAACCAGGGGCUGGCGGAUUACUUUGACCGCCGCUUCGAUGAGAGGACGUAUCGGCGGGUGACGCACGCGGAGGACCCGGUGCCGCUGGUGCCGCUGGGGGCCUGGGGGUAUCGCCAGCAUGCGGGGGAGUAUUUUAUUGAGAAGCCGGCGCUGCCGUAUACCAGGUGUGAUGUAAGGCUGUGUGUGGGGCAGGAGGACCCGGAGUGUGUGGCGGGCGGGAGGGUUAAUGCGGUGCAGAUACUGUGGGCGCAUAGGGACUACUUUCAUAGGCUGGGGCUGUGUGUGCCGCAGGACUCGCUGCUGAGGAAGAUUAGGGUGUUGGAGGAGACGGAGUGUGGGACUGGAGCGCGGUCUGGUGGGGAGUUGUGA